CUGAGAUCUUAGCGGAGGGGGCGAUUUUUUUUUCUCCCCCAAAAAAAAUAAAAAAUAACAGCAUGUCAUGGACACGGUUUCACGCAGAUUAGGACUCCACGCACGAUGAGAAACGAUUACGAGCCCCUUUGUCUGAUAGGAGAAUGAGGAAGAGGAGGAACUGGAAAACCUUGGGAGCGCCUUGGAAAGUUUCUGUGAAGUCUCAAUGAAAGCUGUAGAAGAGCCUCUCUAGUAUUUGAUUCAAUGGCCAAGAAAGGGCGUACAAAGGGCGAGAAGCCCGAAGCGCUUAUCUCUGCCCUUCAGGCAGCCAAUGAAGAUCUCAGGUCCAAGCUGACUGACAUUCAGAUAGAGCUACACCAAGAAAAAUGCAAGGUGAGCAAACUGGAGCGCGACAAGCAGCAGGAGGUGAAGCGGGUGCGAGAGCAGGAGCAGCACCGCCACACUGCCAUGGUAACAGAGCAGCGGGCCAAGUGGCACGAGGAAAAGCUAAAGGAGCUCCAGGCUCUCAGGGAAAACCUGACACGGCAGCAUGAGCAGGAGCUGGCCCGCCACGCCAAAAUUAAAGACCAAGAGAACCAGAGGCUCAAAGCCGCACUGAGCGCCAUGCGCGAUGGCAGCGGAGAGAAGGUGCGUACUGCACUGACCCUAGAGGCCAAGGAGGAUGCACGUCGCUUCUUUGACCAGGAGAGAGUGAAGCUCCUGCAGGAGAUAGCGGAGCUGAAGAGUGUUAAGAAGCAGACGGACGAGGCUCUCAGCAACAUGAUCCAAGCCGACAAGAUGAAGGCUGGUGACCUGCGGGUGGAGCACCAGCAGCACCAGGAGCAGAUCUCCAAAAUCAAGUGGGACUGUGAGAGGGACAUCCGCAGACUGGUGGAUGAAAUCAAAUCUAAAGACCGCACCAUCUUUGCUCUGGAGAAGGAACUGGAGUCAACGGCGGGCUUUUUACAAAAGCUGCAGCUUCAGAAGGACGCCCUGGAUGAACAACUGUUCCUUGUCAAAGAGGCUGAGUGCGGCCUGGGAAGCCCGAAAAGAGAGAUCCCAGGCAGAGCUGGAGAUGGAGCAGAGCACUGUGGUAGCCCAGACCUCAGGAGAAACCAGAGGCGCAUUGCUGAACUCAGCUCAACUAUACGCAAAUUAGAAGACCGCAACUCACUGCUGGUCGAUGAGAGGAAUGAACUGCUGAAGCGAGUUCGCGAGUCGGAGAAGCAGUGUAAGCCCUUGCUGGACAAGAACAAGCUGCUGAGUAAGAGGAAUGAUGAUUUGACUCAGACUCUUCAGAAGCUGGAGGACAAACUCAAGAGCCUGGCCAAGGAAAACCUUGAGAUGAAGGAGAAGAUCAGCUCUCAUCCUCCAAUGAAGAAGCCGAAGUCUCUGAAUGACCUAGACCAAGCCCAUGAUGACCAGGAAAUAGCCUUUCUCAAGCUUCAAGUCCUGGAGCAACAAAGCAUGAUUGAUGAACUGACAAGAGAUCGAGAAAAACUACUAAGAAAGAAAAGGCAUAAAAGAAGUUCAAGGCCAAUAAAGAGGCACAUCGUAGUAGACACCUUCUUUGGGUAUGAUGAAGAGUCUAUGGACUCGGAGACGUCAUCAGUGGCUUCAUUCCGGAUGGACAGAACUCCUGCUACUCCUGAUGAAGACCUGGAAGAGGGUCUAACCAACGAGGAGUCGGAGCUGCGUUUCCGUCAGCUGACCAGGGAGUAUCAGGCAUUACAGCGAGCCUACGCCCUGCUGCAGGAACAGAAAGGAGGCAUUCUGGAUGCUGAGAUGGAAGCAAAGGCUCAUGAGCAGCUCCAAGCAGACCUUCUCAGGUAUAAAGCCAAAAUAGAGGACUUGGAGAAGGAACUGACCCUGAAGGGACAGGACUCCAAGUGGGUGGAGGAGAAGCAGCUCUUCUUACGAAGGAAUCAGGAGCUUUUAGACAAGGUGGAAAAGAUGGACUCAGAGUGCAGUCGGCUGCAGAUCGAGCUACAAGACUCCAAGGACCAGAAUGAACUGUUAGAGUUUAGGAUACUGGAGCUAGAGGAGCGUGAGAGGAGGUCCCCUCCAUUCAACCACCUGAGAAUGCAUCCUUUCUCUGAAGGAGUUAGUGCACUGCAGAUCUACUGUAUGAAGGAGGGGGUCAAGGAUGUGUGUGUACCAGAUCUCAUCAAACUUCUAGAUAUUCUGGGAGACAAUGGGAACUUAAGGAAUGAGGAGCAAGUGGCCAUCAUUCAGGCUAGCACAGUUUUGUCACUAGCAGAAAAGUGGAUUCAACAGAUUGAGGGGACGGAGGCAGCUCUGCACCAGAAGAUGGUGGACCUGGAGAUAGAGAUGGAGAUGUUCUGUAAACAGAAAGGAUAUCUAGAAGAGGAGCUGGACUACAGAAAACAGGCCCUGGACCAGGCCUACAUGCAAAUCCAGGAGUUGGAAGCAACGUUGUACAAUGCCCUGCAGCAGGACAAGGUGAUAAAGUAUGGCGAGCCUCUGGAUGAGCUGCAGAAGGACGAGCUGCGGACGGCGGUGGAGAAGCUGAGGAGGCAGAUGCUCAGGAAGAGCCGAGAGUACGACUGCCAGAUCCUCCAGGAGAGGAUGGAACUGCUGCACCAGGCGCACCAGAGAAUUCGGGACCUUGAAGACAAGACAGAAAUCCAGAGGAGGCAGAUUAAAGACCUGGAGGAAAAGUUUUUGUUUCUGUUCUUGUUCUUUUCUCUUGCCUUUAUCCUUUGGCCUUGAAGUCUUUGGCGUGUCCCGUAGCAGAGGUGGUGUGUCAGCUUGGAGAUCUUGUUUGUGACUGCAGUGUUAUUUAUUUUCUGGACAAGUGUGGAACAAUGUGCGUAGCAGUGGC